AUGUACGGCGGAGAAGCUGUAGCUUCAGUUGUAGCUAUUGAAUUCUACAAUGUUAAUUAUCUCUAUCGGUGCUUUGACCCCAUAUCACACUUCCCAUUUCUUCCUCUAUUCCUGACGGUUGACGCAUUCCAUAGAGCAUUUCAUCUUCCUCUUUCUCUGCCAUUCUGCAACUCCUUUCUUCUUCUUCUUUUUUUAAUUUUAUUUUCUUGCUUGGCUAACGCCAUAUCUUUUCAGAUAACUCGUUUCAGUCCCGAUUUAAGCACCAUACUUUACCGCGGAGAUGCAAUAGCUUCAGUUGGAGCAAUUGAAUUCAACAAUGUUGAUUAUCUUUAUCAGGUUGGUCAAGCUAUCUAUUCUCAGCCUGUUCCUAUCUGGGAUUCACACUCCAGGAAAGUGGCUGACUUCACCACUCAUUUCUCCUUCACAAUUGACACUCAAAAUCGUACCCCUUACGGCCACGGGCUUGCUUUCUUUCUUGCUCCUAUUGUUUUUCAAAUUCCACCGAACUCAGGUGGAGGAUUUUUAGGUCUAUUCAAUACCAGCACAAGUGAUUCCUCCCAGAACCAGAUAGUUUCGAUUGAAUUUGAUUCAUUUGCAAAUCCAGAAUGGGAUCCUCCUUUUGAACAUGUUGGUAUCAACAAAAACUCAAUUGCUUCAUCUAUAACCACGCCCUGGAAUGCCAGCUUGCACAGUGGAGACACUGCUGAUGCUUGGAUUGUCUACAAUUCUUCUACACAAAAUCUUAGUGUUUUCUGGAAUUAUGGAUCAAGUCCUAACUCUAGUCUUUCUCUUAAGAUAGAUUUGAAGGAGAUUCUUCCUCAAUGGGCUAUAAUUGGAUUUUCAGCUGCCACAGGUUUGCAUGUUGAAAGACACACACUCGAAUCAUGGGAAUUCAGUUCAAACCUUGAUAUGACAAAGACAAGUGGGAGAAAAGCAAAGGAAAUUGGGUUAAUUGUAGGCUUGACAGCCGCUGGAGCAAUCUUAAUUGCAGGUGGAGUAAUAGCGAUUGUAGUUUUAAGGAGAAAAAUACAAUCUGCAAAGUGGAACCCACAGAUGGCUGCCAACUUGACAAGUUCUAUGAACGAUGAUUUUGAAAGGGGGACAGGACCAAAAAGGUUUUCUUUCAAAGAUCUUGCUUCAGCUACUAAUAAUUUCUCAAACGAGAGAAAGUUGGGUGAGGGAGGAUUUGGAAAGGUUUACAAAGGUGAACUCAUUGAUCUGAAUAUUGCAGUGGCUGUGAAGAAGUUCUCAAGGGGUUCUAAGCAGGGGAAAAAGCAGUACGUAACUGAAGUAAAGAUCAUAAGUAGUUUGAGGCAUCGAAAUUUGGUCCAGCUAAUCGGCUGGUGCCAUGAUCAAAAUGAGUUCUUGCUUGUCUAUGAAUUCAUGCCAAAUGGAAGCCUGGAUACUCAUCUAUUUGGCAGGAAAAAUCUUCUGAGUUGGAGUGUGAGAUACAAAAUAGCAAUUGGGUUGGCAUCUGCUUUGCUGUAUCUUCAUGAAGAAUGGGAACAAUGUGUGAUACAUAGGGAUAUCAAAUCAAGUAACGUAAUGCUAGAUUCAAAUUUUAAUGCCAAGCUUGGAGAUUUUGGUUUGGCUAGACUUAUGGACCAUGAACUAGGACCACAAACGACAGGCGUGGCUGGAACGUUUGGCUACUUAGCCCCUGAAUAUGUGAGCACAGGCAGGCCUAGCAAGGAGUCCGAUGUAUAUAGCUUUGGGGUGGUUGCUUUAGAAAUUGCCAGUGGAAGGAAGUCAACCGAUCCAAUGCCAACACACGAAAAAUCCGAAACAGGGCUCCUGGAGUGGGUUUGGGACUUGUAUGGAUCGGGGAAACUUUCUUCAGCUAUGGACGGGAGGUUAAACAACGAUUUUGAUCUUAAACAAUUUGAGUGUUUGUUGACAGUAGGUUUGUGGUGUGCUCAUCCGGACCGCAGCCUAAGGCCAACCAUAAAACAAGCAAUUCAAGCCCUCAACUUUGAGGCAACACUUCCCAAUCUUCCAACCAAAAUGCCUGUGCCCAUCUACGAUGUUCCAAAUAUUAUUAGUUCUUCAGCGGAGCCUUUAAUAACCUGCACAAGCAUUGAUGUGGGCCGUUGA